AUGAGCGGGUCGAGCGUUUCAGCUGCCACCGGGCAAGUCCCUGAAUGGACGCCAGAUUCAUGGCGAUCCAAGCCCAUCAAGCAGUGUCCGGAGUACCCAGACCGGGAAGCACUCGCAAAGUCCGUGGCUGCUCUUAAGCGGCUCCCACCCAUUGUCCACCCCCGCGAGAUCGUGGAGCUCAAGCAGCAUCUCCGGGACGUGGCCCAAGGGAAAGCCUUCCUGCUGCAAGGGGGUGAUUGUGCCGAGCUCUUCGACUACUGCGAGCAAAAUGCGAUCGAGUCCAAGAUCAAGCUGCUCCUGCAGAUGAGCUUGGUUCUCCUCUGGGGCGCCAACAAACGAGUCGUGCGCAUCGGGCGUAUGGCCGGCCAGUACGCAAAGCCGCGCUCCAGUCCCAUGGAGACCGUCAACGGUAAGCAGGUGCCGUCUUUCCGGGGGGACAUCCUCAACGGCUUCCACCCCGACGAGAGGGAGCUCGACCCCGACAGGCUAGUCAGGGCCUACCACCACUCGUCAGCAACGCUGAACUACGUCAGAGCAGCCAUCGCGUCCGGCAUCGCCGAUCUAAGCCGGCCCCUUGACUGGGGCCUCGGCCACGUGCGCGACCCGGCGCUCAAGGCCAAGUACCAAAAGGCGGUCGACUUCCUCAAGGACAUGCGCGCCUUCCUGCACACCAUCGGCGCCGAGAACGAGAAGUUCCACACAGUCGACCUCUUCACCAGCCACGAGGGCCUGCUGCUCGAGUACGAGGAGCCGCUCACCCGGCUGCUCGACGACCCGACCUCGCCGCCGUCACGCCCCCCGACGAAGGCCUACUACAACACAUCCGCCCACUUCCUGUGGAUCGGCGACCGCACGCGGCAGCUCGACCACGCACACGUGGAGUUCUUCCGGGGCAUCGCAAACCCGCUGGGCGUGAAAGUCGGCCCCACGACGCCCGCGUCGGACCUGCUCGCGCUGCUGCGCACGCUCAACCCGUCGCGGGAGCCGGGCAAGAUCACGCUCAUCACGCGCUACGGCGCCGACAGGGUGGGCGAGCUGCUGCCGGCCCACAUCCGCGCGGUCGAGGACAGCGAGUAUGCGCGCACGGUGGUGUGGCAGUGCGACCCGAUGCACGGCAACACGCGGUCGGUCACAGGGGGCAUCAAGACGCGGCGGUUUAGCGACAUCUUCAGCGAGCUGCAGCAGACGCUACGCAUUCACAAGGAGCAGGGCAGCUAUCUGGGCGGCGUCCACCUCGAGCUGACGGGCGAUGCCGUGACGGAGUGUCUGGGCGGGAGUGAGGGGCUGGAUGAGGAUGAUUUGUCGACGAACUAUACCAGUUUCUGUGACCCCCGGUUGAACGAGAAGCAGGCCCUGGAGCUGGCGUUCUUGAUUGCGGACCAUUACCGGAGUGAGAGGGUAGAGGAGGAUUGUGAGAGCUGA